UGGUUACUAUAGAACCAUGGUGUCAAAAUUAGGUUAGGCACAUAUAUGUAAGUUGACCCCUAAAUAAGGGACCAUUGUGAUUUGUGAAAGAAAGAAACCCAGCAAGUAGGAAAAUGAAGUGUCCGUACUGCUCGGCCGGACAAGGCCGCUGUGCGACAACAACCUCCCGUCGUUCAAUCACGGAGUGCACCUCCUGCGGGCGCGUGGUGGAAGAGCGCCAAUCCCAAUUCCACCACCUCUUCCACCUACGCGCCCAAGACACCCCUCUCUGCCUCGUCACCUCCGACCUCCCUACCCCUCCACCCCAAAACGACGACGUUUUAGACGACGGCGAACAAGAAGAAGACCCGUUCGAGCCCACGGGGUUUAUCACCGCCUUCUCGACCUGGUCCCUCGAGCCCAACCCACUCUACCUCCGCUCCUCCCUCUCCUUUUCCGGCCACCUCGCCGAGCUCGAGCGCGUGCUCGAGCUCUCCUCCGCCUCCUCGACCUCGUCGACCGUCGUGGUUGAUAGUCUCAGGGCGUAUAUGCAGAUCAUCGACGUGGCCUCGAUUCUGGGAUUGGAUUGUGAUAUUUCGGACCACGCGUUUCAGUUGUUUAGGGAUUGUUGCUCAACCACUUGCUUGAGGAAUCGCAGCGUUGAAGCCCUAGCUACUGCUGCUUUGGUCCAGGCCAUAAGGGAGGCCCAAGAGCCCAGAACCCUUCAGGAGAUUUCAAUUGCGGCUAAUGUAGCGCAGAAGGAGAUUGGUAAGUACAUCAAGAUACUUGGGGAAGCCCUGCAGCUAAGUCAGCCUAUCAACAGCAACUCCAUAUCGGUUCAUAUGCCGAGGUUUUGCACUCUCCUCCAGCUCAAUACGUCUGCUCAGAAACUGGCAACUCAUAUUGGAGAGGUUGUUAUCAACAAAUGCUUUUGCACUCGCAGAAAUCCCAUUAGCAUCUCUGCAGCUGCUAUAUAUUUAGCUUGCCAGCUUGAAGACAAGCGAAAAACUCAGGCAGAGAUUUGUAAGGUGACUGGUCUUACUGAAGUUACUCUCCGGAAAGUCUACAAGGAACUCUUGGAGAAUUGGGAUGACUUACUCCCAUCUAAUUAUACACCAGCUGUUCCUCCAGAAAGAGCAUUUCCUACUACUGUAAUUGCUUCCGGACGAUCUUCCGCACCAAAAGUUGAUUUACCAGAACUACCAAUUUAUUUGGACAGAGAGAAGCAGCCAGAGAUAAGACCUGACAAACCAAAUGAGGGAUUAGAUAUGAACCUCGAGCCCACCGAAGAAGACGAUUAUGACAGUAGAGGCAAUACACAAGCUGCACAGCCCCAGGUGAUGAACCUUUCAGCACUUCUGUGGCAAACCCAGGUUCCAUUCGUCAAUACCGGAACUGCAGCAGUACUAAAGUCACAGAAUAUUGCCGCAGGAAUGGACAAUGACGUGCCACAGAGAAUCCAAAACCUCGAGCAGAAGUUGGACAAGGACACAAAAGGUUCUAGUAGUAGUCGAAAUUCAGCUUCUGGCGCGAGUUCUCUGACCAGGCAGUUUCGAUACCCACCCUCACCAGGUUCGUCUCCAAAUGUUCAGUAUCUGCUUCCCCCAAAGCUUGGACCAGGCUAUACUGAGCUUAGAGGCAGCAGGGGUCAGAGUGGAAGUGAAAAUUCUAAGCAGAGUGGGGAUGCCUGAGUGGUACAAGUGAUUCUUUUGUUGUAUGUAAGCCUAAGACCUUAAGACGUGACACAUUAUUAGCUUCAUGGUCGAUUAAAUUUUCCAAUAUUUCGGUA